CCCAGUGAUUGCUUUUUUCCAUUUGACCCCAUCAAACAUUCCUUUCAUCAAUACUCAUCUCUCAAUUUCAAUCUCUACCCUCUUUGAUUCCUUUCAAAGCUCCCAUCUUUAUUUCCUCUGGUCUUUUUUUUUUUGCUCCCCAAGAGCUAAAAAUUCCAGCUUUUUCCUCCCUCUUUGAUCUUUGUGUUUUCUGUGAGGACUCUUUUCCUGAGUUUUGUCGGAGCUGAAGUUGGUGGGUGAAGAGGGGUUUUCAAGUCUCAAAAGUCUUUGAUUACUCACAAAGUUCCAAUCUUUUUGCCAUCCGUUGCUCUGUUCCUCGUAUACUUGCUUGAUUUGAUUUGGGUCUUUUUCUCUUUUGACUUUUGAGCUUCAGCUGGAGCUAUUUCUGGUUUUCAAUCCCUUUUUAAGGCUUUUGCUGAGCAUUUGGUGAUCUGGGUCGUGUUUAUUUUCGAGUUUAGUUUCUGUUGUGAAGAAAGUUGAAGAAGUAAAAAUGACCGUAGUGGAAAGGAGCGGAUCAAGGGAUAGGUUCCCUAUUGGGAUGAGAGUUCUUGCUGUUGAUGAUGAUCCUACUUGUCUGAAGGUGCUGGAAUCUCUGCUGCUUCGAUGCCAAUAUCAUGUUACAACAACAAAUCAGGCUAUCAAGGCAUUGGAGAUGCUGAGGGAGAACAAGGAUCAGUUUGAUCUGGUCAUUAGUGAUGUUCACAUGCCGGAUAUGGAUGGAUUCAAGCUUUUGGAGCUCGUGGGUCUCGAAAUGGAUCUCCCAGUCAUUAUGCUUUCAGCAAAUGGUGAAACCCAAGCGGUGAUGAAGGGGAUAACCCACGGAGCCUGUGAUUAUCUUCUGAAACCAGUGAGAAUCGAGGAACUGAAAAACAUAUGGCAGCAUGUAAUUAGGAGGAAGAAAGUUGAUCCUAGAGAUAAUAACAAUUUGGACAGUGGAGAUGACUGUGACAAGAAUCAGUUGAUGAAUUCUGAAGGGGGACAGGGUUCACUUGCAAAUGGUUCCUCUGAUCAAAAUAGAAAACUUAAUAGGAAGAGGAAAGAUCAGAAUGAAGAAGAUGAUGAUGACAGUGAGGACAAUUUAAAUGAGAAUGAAGAUUCUUCCACCCAGAAAAAGCCCAGGGUUGUUUGGUCAGUUGAUCUACAUCGUAAAUUUGUUGCUGCUGUUAACCAAUUGGGAAUUGAUAAAGCUGUACCUAAGAGGAUACUUGACCUUAUGAAUGUUGAGAAGCUCACUAGAGAAAAUGUUGCAAGUCAUCUUCAGAAGUACAGGCUCUACUUGAAAAGGCUUAGUGCCGUUGCCAACCAACAAGCUAACAUGGUUGCUGCAUUACGGGGCAGAGACACCUCCUACCUACCUCUGGGCUCAUUGAAUGGAUAUCCAAACUUCAAUUCCCUCGUCGAAUCUAGACCGCUUCCUAAUCGCUCAUCUUUUCAACCAAAUGGCGCUGUCCCAAGAAUGAACAGUUUUAAUGGAUUUGGACUUCAUGGGUUCUCCCUCAACAACACAAACAACCCCAUUAAUGACGUAUCAAAGCUUCAAUGUAUUGGGCCUAUAGUGCAACAACCAAAGGCAAUGCAAGAAUCAAGCAAUAGUUUACUUGGUGGUUUUUCCGGCAGUGGAGUUGCAAUUGGUCAUUCCAACUCUUUUACCAAUUCAGCAGCAAAAAUCCCUCAUAUACCAUCACCAUUAAGCUCAGACCCAUUUGAGAUUGGUAUUGGCGAUUCUUCACAUUCCGCUGAUCUUAGCAGAUGUAAUGAGAGUUGGCAAGGUGCUAUUCCAUCAACGUCAUAUAGUGGCAACACUUUCGCAACAAGUCUUCCCUUUAGUCAUAACGAUCUUUCUUCUGGUAAUAUCAGAGAGAAUUUAUCUCCCAUAGUUUCAAAUUUGGGAAGCAAUGCUCGUGAUUCCAUGAUGCAAAAUGAUAGGCUAGCUAAUGUACACAAUCAAGCUGGUACAUUGGUCACAGCGACGGGUGUCAAUGGGGAUGCUAAUUUAUUAAAUUUCAGAAGCGUAGGCAAUUCUAGCCUCAAAUGGGAGGACCCAAGACGAGGUCAUAUUCAAAAUCCCAAUCAAAUAUACAGUUCUUUGUCAAAUACUUCGUCAUCCGGCAUCCGUAUAACUGAUCAAAAUAAAGGUAAUCAGAAUUUGGGAAAUGGAUUUUCUAAUGAUAAAAUUGAUGUCCCUAUCAUUAGCCAAGCAAAUUUUCGCGCUCCAAUGCUUCCACUGGAUUCGAAGUCUGAUAAGACUGCCGUUGGUGGUCAGUUACAUUAUAAGGAUGAACCCUUAUUCGAGGGCAUGAAGCUGCCUGGCGGGUUCAAUUCUGGUGGUUUUGGCCUUGAUGAUCUUGUCACCAAUGCCAUGAUUAAACCGGAGUGCGAUGAUUUUACCUUCAUCGAUGGUGAUAUUGGAUGCAACGAUCUUUAUUCCCUUGGAGCUUGCAUGUGAAACACCUUGUUUCUUAGGAGUAGUUCCUAUUUGGAUGUCAUAUUUGUUCUUGAGAGCUGCUGGAGUGAUGUAUAGACUGUAGAGAGUUGUUGGAAUUUUAACGAACAUUGAAGUAAACAACCGCCUUCUAAUUUGAGGAUUAGUAUAAAUUGUAUGUAAUAAGUUAUCUUAGCUUGUUUUUUUUUCUUGAAGUCAGCCAUGAAAGAUCUUUUUUCCUAAACUGGAUAUUUAUUUGAUAUGAUCGGGACUUGAUUCUCGCUGUUUUCUGAAAUGUUAUUUCAGGUAACAGCUGAACUCUAA